AUGAGCCGAGUAGCCGCCGCCUAUAUACACGGCAGAGUAUUCACCGUGGACGAGAGGAAGCCAUGGGCUGAAGCUUUCAUUGUGUCCGCAUCAGGGCGCUUCGAAGCGGUGGGAACCAACGAAACAAUCCUAAACUCGGCGAAGGAACAAAGCCUGCCCACUUAUGACCUGAAGAAUAUUUUCAUAAUGCCCGGAAUACACGAUGCACAUACACACCUACUGCUUGCCUCCAUGCAAAAGCUAAACGAAAUUGACAUCGGAUCAGAUAGUACUGCUACUACCACAGGGGCGAAUAUCAAAAAGGGCCAGUCUGCCUGUGCCUGUGCUGAUGCCCAUGUUCGAGGAGACUGGCUCAUUGCGAACUUCUACGCAGGCAAUAACUUCCCGGACGGGAAGAUAGACCGCACGUAUUUGGAUGAUGCGUUCCCAGACCGACCACUACUCGUUCGUGAUAUUUCCUGUCACAAUGUUGUCAUGAAUAGUGCCGGACUGGAGCGUGCUGGUUAUGAUAUCGAGGUCAACAAGGAGGACCCUCCAGGUGGUAAGUACGUACGCAGACCCGACGGCAGCAUGACUGGGAAGUUGGUCGAAGCUGCCACCACUCAGGUUUGGUCCAGGCUCCCUCAACCACCCAUUUCGUACGUGAAGGAAGCUAUUCUAUAUGGAAUAGAAAUGUCCCAUAGAUUUGGAAUCACGUCUGUUCAAGAGGCAUCCGCAAACACGAUUUACCUGCACGCUCUGCGCGAGCUGGAACAAGAAAAUCGACUGCAAAUGGAAGUUUUUCCUCAUAUUGUUCAUGCCCCAGAAACCUUCGCGGCCGAAAGCCAAGAGACUUUGCAUCACCUCAUUGAGAACGCUGACACAUUUUGCAGCGAGCACGUUGAUCCUCGGUUUGUCAAAUUCUGGAUGGAUGGUGCACCGAUCCCACCCCAUUUUACACAUUGUGAAUUGGGUCCGGACGGCUCUCCUGAUGAGAAUAAGCUACUACUGAGCUUUGAUUCAUUGUUAAGCGCGCUGAUACAGCAUGAUGUGAGAGGCAUGACAUGUAAAAUUCAUUGUGCUGGAGAGGGCUCGGUAAGACGAGCACUGGACGUGUUGGAAAUAGUUCGACAAUCAAACCUUGCAGGCCCGCAGCAUGAACUGGCCCACUGCAACGCAAUCUACAAAGGUGAGAGACAGACAAUUGAUAUUCCUCGAAUGGCAAAGCUCCAAAUCACUGCGGAGAUGUCACCUGCAAUAUUCCACGACACAAGUCUGACAGUGAACUUUCCCCAUAUCUUUCAAUGGCCGUUCAAGGAGCUGCAGGAUGCUGGAGUCCAUGUUACUGUGGGUUCCGACUGGAUAUUACCUCCCACACCAGACAUCUUUCCUGCGCUGUCAGCAAUUGUGGAAAGGUUUGUUUCGGAACCAGGCAAAGCAGCUGAAGAAGCUGGAGGAGAGAAAAUUUGUCGGAUCAUCACAUUGGCUGGGGCAGAGGCAGUAGGUCAAUCGAGGGAGUUGGGCAGUAUUGAAGUUGGAAAAAAGGCGAAUUUCAUUGCCGUUGAUCGAGACUUGAGUCGCGGUGAAUUUGCCGGCGCGAAAGUAUUGAAAACGUGGUUCGAGGGAGAGGUUGUCUGGGAAGACGGGGGAAACGUCGAUCCCAACAUACCCAGACUAGCAAGUCUAUAA